CCCAAAUUAAUCAAUAAUCUUGGACCCAGCACGUCCGGCUUGCGCACUGAGCCCUCCUGCCCGGUCACCCUCGCAGGCGACCUCUCACCCCACGCGGAAGUCGCCCCCCAGCCGCACCCUCACAACCCGGAUCCACCCCCUCCCCAGCUGCACCCCGUCUCCAGCGGCACCCCCACACCCCAGAUCCAUCCCCUCUCCAGCUGCACGCCCUUCCCCAGCGGUACCCCCACACCCCAGAUCCAUCCCGUCCCCAGCUGCACCCCCUCCCCAGCGGCACCCCCACACCCCAGAUCCACCCCCUCCCCAGCUGCACCCCCUCCCCAGCGGCCCCCCCACACCCCAGCUGCACCCCCUCCCUAGCGGUACCCCCACUCGCCGGAUCCACGCGCUCCCCAGCUGCACCUUCUCCCCAGCGGUACCCCCACACCCCAGAUCCACCCCCUCCCCAGCUGCACCCACUCCCCAGCGGCACCCCCACACCCCAGAUCCACCCCCUCCCCAGCUGCACCCUCCUCCCCAGCUGCAUCCCCACACCCCGGAUCCACGCCCCGCCAGCGUCACCUCCCCUCCAGCCGUGCUUCUCCAGAAGGCAGCGCUGCCCCCAUCCCCGCCGCGCUGGGCCUGGCUCCUCUUGACCUGCUUGGAUCCGCCCCAUCUGGCUGCUGUUCUGGGUUCCGGGACAGCCACGUGAGGGCUGUUUACAGAGGGAAGGAGGUGGCUCCUAGCAGAUGACAGACGCUUCUCAAAAGACAGCUUUUCUUCCUGGAGAACAGACUUUUUCAGCAGGAUUUUCCUUUCAGUGAAAUAUAAUUUGACUUGAAAGGAACCCAGGGAAAAGUGUCCCAGUGUGAGCAUGAGCGGGUAGAGGUGUGCCCUUGUUUGCUUCAGGCUGUCUGCUUUUCGCCCCUGACUGUUUUUUCUGUUUCUAGCCAUGGAGGAAGAGAAAGAUGACGGCCCACAGGCUGACUUCUGCCUGGGCACCGCCCUGCACUCUUGGGGGCUGUGGUUCAUGGAGGAAGGUUCACCGUCCACCAUGCUGACGGGGAUUGCGGUUGGAGCCCUCCUGGCCCUGGCUUUGGUUGGUGUCCUCAUCCUUUUCAUGUUCAGAAGGCUUAGCCAGUUUCGACAAGCACAGCCCACUCCUCAGUACCGGUUCCGGAAGAGAGACAAAGUGAUGUUUUACGGCCGGAAGAUCAUGAGGAAGGUGACCACACUCCCCAACACCCUUGUGGAGAACACUGCCUUGCCCCGGCAGCGGGCCAGGAAGAGGACCAAGGUGCUGUCUUUGGCCAAGAGGAUUCUGCGUUUCAAGAAGGAAUACCCGGCCCUGCAGCCCAAGGAGCCCCCGCCCUCCCUGCUGGAGGCUGACCUCACGGAGUUUGACAUGAAGAAUUCUCACCUGCCAUCGGAAGUUCUGUACAUGCUGAAAAACGUUCGGGUCCUGGGCCACUUUGAGAAGCCGCUGUUCCUGGAGCUUUGCAAACACAUCGUCUUUGUGCAGCUGCAGGAAGGGGAGCACGUCUUCCAGCCCAGGGAGCCGGACCCCAGCAUCUGUGUGGUGCAGGACGGGCGGCUGGAGGUCUGCAUCCAGGACACUGACGGCACCGAGGUGGUGGUGAAAGAGGUUCUGGCGGGAGACAGCGUCCACAGCCUGCUCAGCAUCCUGGACAUCAUCACCGGCCAUGCUGCACCUUACAAAACGGUCUCCGUCCGCGCGGCCAUCCCGUCCACCAUCCUCCGGCUUCCAGCUGUGGCUUUUCACGGAGUUUUUGAGAAAUAUCCGGAAACUCUGGUGAGGGUGGUGCAGAUCAUCAUGGUGCGGCUGCAGAGGGUGACCUUUCUGGCUCUGCACAACUACCUCGGCCUGACCACAGAGCUCUUCAACGCUGAGAGCCAGGCCAUCCCUCUCGUGUCUGUAGCCAGCCUGGCUGCCGGGAAGGCCAAGAAGCAGGUGUUCUAUGGCGAAGAAGAGCGGCUUAAAAAGCCACCGCGGCUCCAGGAGUCCUGUGACUCAGCAGAUCACGGGGGCGGCCGCCCGGCAGCUGCUGGGACCCUGCUGAAGAGGAGCCACUCCGUCCCCGCACCUUCCAUUCGCAAAGAGAUCUUGGACGAGCUGGAGAAGCCCGGGGCAGGUGACCCUGACCCUUCGGCCCCACAAGGGGGCCCAGGCAGUGCCACUUCUGAUCUGGGGAUGGCAUGUGACCGUGCCAGGGUCUUCCUGCACUUGGACGAGCACCCCGGGAGCUCCGUGGCCAGCAAGUCCAGGAAAAGCGUGAUGGUUGCAGAGAUACCUUCCACGGUCUCCCACCACUCAGAGAGUCACACGGAUGAGACCCUGGCCAGCAGGAAGUCAGAUGCCAUCUUCAGAGCUGCCAAGAAGGACCUGCUCACCCUGAUGAAGCUGGAAGACUCAUCUCUAUUGGAUGGUCGGGUGGCGCUUCUGCACGUUCCUGCAGGCACGGUGGUGUCAAGGCAGGGAGAUCAGGACGCCAGCAUCCUGUUCGUGGUCUCGGGGCUGCUGCACGUGUACCAGCGGAAGAUCGGCAGCCAGGAGGACACCUGCUUGUUCCUCACACGCCCCGGGGAGAUGGUGGGCCAGCUGGCCGUGCUCACCGGGGAGCCUCUCAUCUUCACCGUCAAGGCCAACAGGGACUGCAGCUUCCUGUCCAUCUCCAAGGCCCACUUCUAUGAAAUCAUGCGGAAGCAGCCGACCGUCGUCCUGGGUGUGGCGCACACUGUGGUGAAGAGGAUGUCGUCCUUCGUGCGGCAAAUCGACUUUGCCCUGGACUGGGUGGAGGUGGAGGCCGGGCGAGCAAUAUACAGGCAGGGGGACAAGUCCGACUGCACGUACAUCAUGCUCAGCGGCCGGCUGCGCUCUGUGAUCCGGAAGGAUGACGGGAAGAAGCGCCUGGCCGGGGAGUACGGCCGAGGAGACCUCGUCGGCGUGGUGGAGACACUGACCCACCAGGCCCGGGCAACCACGGUGCAUGCCGUUCGGGACUCAGAAUUGGCCAAGCUGCCGGCAGGAGCCCUCACCUCCAUCAAGCGCAGGUACCCACAGGUGGUGACUCGGCUGAUUCAUCUCUUGGGUGAGAAGAUCCUGGGCAGCCUCCAGCAGGGACCUGUGACAGGCCACCAGCUUGGGCUCCCCACGGAGGGCAGCAAGUGGGACUCGGGGAACCCAGCUGUCAACCUGUCCACGGUGGCAGUGAUGCCCGUGUCAGAGGAAGUGCCCCUCACCGCCUUCGCCCUGGAGCUGGAGCACGCCCUCAGCGCCAUCGGCCUGACCCUGCUGCUGACCAGUGACAACAUAAAACGGCGCCUUGGCUCCGCUGCCCUGGACAGUGUUCACGAGUACCGGCUGUCCAGCUGGCUGGGGCAGCAGGAGGACACCCACAGGAUCGUGCUCUACCAGGCAGAUGGCACGCUCACACCCUGGACCCAGCGCUGCGUGCGCCAGGCCGACUGCAUCCUCAUCGUGGGCCUGGGUGACCAGGAGCCCACAGUGGGCGAGCUAGAGCGGAUGCUGGAGAGCACAGCUGUGCGUGCCCAGAAGCAGCUGAUCCUGCUGCACAGGGAGGAGGGCCCGGCGCCAGCCCGCACCGUGGAGUGGCUCAACAUGCGGAGCUGGUGCUCCGGCCACCUGCACCUCUGCUGCCCGCGCCGCGUCUUCUCCAGGAGGAGCCUGCCCAAGCUGGUGGAGAUGUACAAGCGUGUCUUCCAGCGGCCCCCGGACCGACACUCAGACUUCUCCCGCCUGGCGAGGGUGCUGACGGGCAACGCCAUUGCCCUGGUGCUUGGGGGAGGGGGAGCAAGAGGCUGUGCCCAGGUGGGCAUUCUCAAGGCCUUGGCGGAGUGUGGCAUCCCUGUGGACAUGGUGGGAGGCACGUCCAUCGGGGCCUUCAUGGGUGCCCUGUACUCUGAGGAGCGGAACUACAGCCAGAUGCGGAUCCGGGCCAAGCAGUGGGCCGAGGGCAUGACGUCCAUGAUGAAGGCCGCGCUGGACCUCACCUACCCCAUCACAUCCAUGUUCUCCGGAGCCGGCUUCAACAGCAGCAUCUUCAGCGUCUUCAAGGACCGGCAGAUCGAGGACCUGUGGAUUCCUUAUUUCGCCAUCACCACCGACAUCACAGCCUCGGCCAUGCGGGUCCACACUGACGGCUCCCUGUGGCGGUACGUGCGUGCCAGCAUGUCCCUGUCCGGUUACAUGCCCCCUCUCUGUGACCCCAAGGACGGACACCUGCUGAUGGACGGGGGCUACAUCAACAACCUCCCAGCGGAUGUGGCCCGGUCCAUGGGGGCAAAAGUGGUGAUCGCCAUUGACGUGGGCAGCCGAGAUGAGACGGACCUCACCAACUAUGGGGAUGCGCUGUCUGGGUGGUGGCUGCUGUGGAAACGCUGGAACCCCUUGGCCACGAAAGUCAAGGUGUUGAACAUGGCAGAGAUUCAGACGCGCCUGGCCUACGUGUGUUGCGUGCGGCAGCUGGAGGUGGUGAAGAGCAGUGACUACUGCGAGUACCUGCGCCCCCCCAUCGACAGCUACGGCACCCUGGACUUCGGCAAGUUCAACGAGAUCUGCGAAGUGGGCUACCAGCACGGGCGCACGGUGUUUGACAUCUGGGGCCGCAGCGGCGUGCUGGAGAAGAUGCUGCGCGACCAGCAGGGGCCGAGCAAGAAGCCCGCGAGUGCGGUCCUCACCUGUCCCAACGCCUCCUUCACGGACCUUGCCGAAAUUGUGUCUCGCAUUGAGCCCGCCAAGCCCGCCAUGGCGGAUGACGAAUCUGACUACCAGACGGAGUACGAGGAGGAGCUGCUGGACGUCCCCAGGGAUGCAUACGCAGACUUCCAGAGCACCUCAGCCCAGCGGGGCUCAGACUCGGUGAGGAGCUGGGCGUGGUCCCACCUGGUGCCUACAGCUGAGCCUUGGUGCCUGGCCCUGAGCCGGCCACUCCCUCCCUGUGGUCCCACCGGGUUACCAGCGCUGCAGAGCCCCUGCCCUGCCUGGGCCUCAUCUGGAACAUGCGGUCUGCUUGCAGGAGGACGAGUCCUCACUGCGGCAUCGACACCCCAGCCUGGCUUUCCCAAAACUGUCUGAGGGCUCCUCUGACCAGGACGGGUAGAGGCCUCUGCUAUAGAGCCCGGAUGCAGCGUCUUCCGUGGGACUGUCCCCAAGGCUGAGGCUCCUGCCAAGUCCUAGGGGCCUCUGUACCUGCCCUGCUGGAAGCCCUGACUUCCCCGGGGCCCCAGGCUGUGUUAGGGUUCUCUGGGCCUCUUCUUUGUACCAGCAGCCCUGCAUACAGGGCCCUGUGAACCCCUCCGCAGUCCUGUGAGGCCCCUGAAGCCCUGUGAGGCCCCCGAAGCCCUGUGAACCCCCCUGCAGCCCUGUGAGGCCCCCCGAAGCCCUGUGAACCACCUGCUGCCCUGUGAGGCCCCCAAAGCCCUGUGAACUGCCUGCUGUCCUGUGAACUGCCUGCUGCCCUGUGAGGUGUGGGAGCCCUGAUGCUGCCGUGUGAUGUUUCAAUAAAGGUGGAUCUCACUGUU